AGCUAGAAAGUUAUUUCUCUUUUGGGCAUCUCGACGAUCGGACUUUGUUUACUUUAGUCGCAGAAUGAGAAUCCGUAGCAAUCCCCUGCCCCGCCGGCUAGUAGAUGUCUUGUGCUACCUGAUAAUUGGAAUCUUUUUGCCGGUAGUGUUCCUAUUCGAGAUCGCGGUGGUGCUGCCUGCCUUUCAUGAACCCGGUGGAUUCUUUCAUACUUUCACAUUCCUGAUGGCCAUGUUUCUGGUGUUUAAUAUUAAGGGAAAUAUGAUUGCCUGCAUGAUGAUCAAUACUAGUGUGGAUGCAAAAAAGGUGGGGCCAGAGCCGGAUGACAAAAGUUGGCGGGAAUGCACCGAGUGCCAGAGACCUGCUCCACCCAGAUCAUGGCACUGCAAAAUCUGCAAGGUUUGCAUACUAAAGCGGGAUCACCACUGCAUCUAUACCGGCUGCUGCAUUGGGCUCAAGAACCAUCGCUUCUUCAUGGGCUUCAUUUUCUAUCUGUUCGUGGGAUCCGUUUAUGCCCUAGUUUACAACUCCAUAUACAUGUGGAUCAUCCAGGGCCACAUCUACAGCAACUGGCUGACUCUCCUCAAGCUAGCCUGCCCCAUGUUGCUCUUAGUGACGGGAGGGUUUUGGAGCAACAUGUACCUACUGUUCUACAGCUUAAAUGUUCUGGCCCUGGCCUACGGUGUCUUGCUCUUGGGUUACCAUGUGCCCAUCGUUUUAAGGGGAGGAGUUUCUGCCGAUCGCACUCAGGAGAGCAAGCGACGGUACGACAAAGGAGUACGCCAGAAUCUGAGAAGUGUUUUUGGAGACCGCAUGCAUAUAGCGUGGCUGUCACCACUAAUUCGCAGCGAUCUACCCGAUGACGGAUAUCACUGGAGUCCCUCUAGUUCUCACGAAAAGACAGAGUCUGAUUAGUUUUUAAAUGAUAUAAUGUGCCAUCUGUAGUUCCUACCUGGGAAGCCCGUAGAUAAGCACUGUGACUUUUGACACUUCUGGCUGCACAUACGUUAAUCGUACGGUG